AUGUCUGGCAUUUUACACAAGGCUGAAGAUGCUUUGCAUCUGCACCACCACGAUCAAAACAAGUCUGCUGAGCCCGCGAGGGAUGCUAAGCAGUCUGAGGUUCCUACAGACAAGCACUCCCACGGACACCAUCAUGGUGACAACCAUCAUCUUAGCCAAGAAGAGAGAGAUCGGGCAGAUUUUAAUGCGGCUCGGCACUACGACCAUGCCACGAAGAGUAGUCAUGGCCCUGGGGUUGGAUUUGAGGAGUAA